UUGGUGGGUAGCAUUCUGAUUUCUUACAACAUUGCCACUCCUCUUAGUUUAGAAACUUCGGAUCAAUUUGUACAGCUAAACACCGGCAAGUCUUCAUUUUCUCUACACAAACAGAGCUGAAGCUGUAGAAACAUUUCUCAAUUCUCAAAAAUCAUCACUCCCUGGUCGUUUUUACUAAGGGGAAAUGGCAUCGCCAUCAGAAUUAUGGAUGCAAGAAUUCAAUGAAGCAUCAAAACUUGGUGAUGAAAUUAGUGAUAUGAUUUCUGGGAAGAAUUCUUUGCCUCAAUCUAGACCAGAAACACAGCGACAUCUCUCUGCGAUGCGGAGAAAGGCCACUAUUUUGACAACCAAACUUGAUAGUCUGCAGUCCCUUUUGUCAGCACUUCCAGGCAAACAGCCAAUAUCAGGGAAAGAGAUAAAUCGGCGUCAAGAGAUGCUGAAAAAUCUGAGUACAAAAGUUAACCAGAUGUCUACUGCUCUCAAUAUGGCCGGUGCUGCUAACAGAGAGAACUUGCUUGGGUCUGAUAGCAAGACAGAUGAUAUUAUAUAUAGAGCAUCUGGCUUGGACAACCAGGGCCUUGUUGGUUUUCAACGGCAAACCAUGAGAGAACAAGAUGAAGGCCUUGAGAAAUUGGACGAGACAGUGACAAGUACAAAACACAUUGCAUUGGCUGUCAACGAGGAACUUACCCUACACACUAGGCUUCUGGAUGACUUAGACGAGCAUGUGGAUGUAACGAAUUCCCGGAUGCAGAUUAGAUUCCAUGGAUGCAAUCAGGUGCAUUUGCAAACUUUUAGCUCUUGCCACCCUCAUUUGUUCUAGCUUUUCUGUAAAAAGGAUGGUCAAUAUAAGCUCAUACCUGUUCUUUGAGAAGGUUACCAGUGUGCAGACUGCAGACUAUACAAACACCCAUUUGGGUUUAGGUUCUGAUUCUGCAAUGCAGGAUUGGAAUCACCACCUGCCCUCCGGGGCUCACAUGGUUUUUGCCUAGCUGAUAAGAUUGGGAAUCGUCUUCUCUGAAGUUGGUCUUUCUAUUUUACUAUAUUGUACCCAAGAAAACAAAGCAUAAGAGGUUAUUCCAUCAAUUAGAAUCAAUUUCUUGUA